AUGACAGUGUCUUCUUAUAGUUCUUUUGUAUUUGUUUAUUUUCUUCUUUUCUUUUUUUUUUCAUUUUUUUCUUUUUCUUCUUUUAUUUAUUUUCUCCCUUUUUCUCUUUUUCACUUUCUUCUUCGUUUCUUUUUCCCUUUCUUUCCAUUUUUCUUGUAUUACAACCUCCAUUUUCUUAUUUUUCUAAUUUUCAUUAUUCUUUUUUUUUUGUUUCUUUGCUUCUUUGUAUUUCACAGUUGCCGUGAUUACUUUCUACUUACAGUGUUCUGUCCUUCGACCAAUGAAACUAUUAAUCUUUAUUUUUGCAUAUCAAAUCUAUCUAUCUAUCUAUCUAUCUAUCUAUCUAUCUAUCUAUCUAUCUAUCUAUCACAUUCUUUUCAAUUUCUAUCUAUCUAUCUCAGUUUGUUUCUAUCUAUUUUUCUAUCUACCUAUCUAUCUCAGUCUUAUCAUAAGGGCAGCCGAACCUUUGAAUACGAAAUGAUAGCUACAAUCGACAAAAAUGGAAAACUUUAUUUUUCUCUUUCGUUCUCUUUUACUUUUUCUCUUUCUCCUUCCUUUACUAGCUUCUCUUCUCUUUUCCGCUUUCUUUCUUUGUCCUUGACUAUCUACGCCUCUCUCUCUCUCUCUCUCUCUCUCUCUCUUUCUAUUCAUAAAAAUAUGUUUUAUUACCGCCGUAUACCUCUCACUCUCCAUCGACUGCUAUUUCUUCCCCCCCCUCUCUCUCUCUCUCUCUCUCUGCACACGCACCCACACACACAAGCGCACGCGCGCCUUCGGUUGCAGCUCUUAUAA